UUUCCUCAACACCCCCACAUUCAAUUCAUCUCCAUUUUCAAAAAUAAACUCUCAUAUCUCACUCUCAUAAAAUUUAGCAAGUAUGGCUGAUUACUAUGGACAACACCAACAUACUCAGCACCAGCUCCAAAACCCUACAGGGCAACAACAACCCCGUUCUCACAAGAUGGUUAAGGCAGCUACCGCCGUAACGGCUGGUGGCUCGCUGCUUCUUCUUUCCGGCUUAACCUUAGCCGGAACGGUGAUUGCUCUCACCGUUGCGACUCCGUUGCUGGUGAUUUUUAGCCCGGUUAUUGUACCUGCUGUUAUUACUCUCUUUAUGUUGUUCUCAGGGUUCUUGGCUUCUGGAGGGUUUGGUGUAGCGGCGGUAAGUGUGUUGUCGUGGAUUUAUCGAUACGUGACCGGUAAACGACCACCUGGAGCGGACCAGUUGGACCAUGCAAGGCACAAGUUGGCUACUAAAGCUGGGGAAAUGAAAGAUAGGGCUCAAGAGUUUGGACAGCAACACGUUACUGGAGCACAGCAGACUUGAGGUCUUGGGUUUGGGCUUAGUGCUGUGUUAGUUUACUAAAGUUGUACUUAAAUUCGUUUAUUCAAAUAGGUUGUAUCUUUUGUUUGUAAGCUUUCAUUUUCGUCUUGUGCUGUAGCUAUGGGGCUCUUGUCUUCUCACUAAGUCGGCAUUAUUGUAAUAGUCUUUCCUUUUGAACAAACGAAAUAAAUGGAGCUUAUGUUGUAGUA